AUGGCCGCUCCGUUUGCUCCGUCCGCUCUCCUAGAUUUGAUCGACUCGUUCGAGUAUGUGCCGCCUCCGUGGACUCCGGUUGCCCACUCCAAUGGUUUGUCUCAAGCCAAAGCUCAUGAUGUUUCGUUCCGAGUUUGGUUUCCAUCAACCAACAGAAGAUUCCGUGGAAUGAUAAGCUUUGAACGAUAUCUCGAGUCCAACGAGUAUCGUCUCGUUUGCCAUGGUAAGGAAAUCGGCUGGGAUGACCACUCUGUCUUGCUUGGUUCCUCGGAGGAGGAUGCGGAGGUCAUCAGUCUGCCACCACCAUCAAAAUGGACGUUUGGAGAGUGCAAGAAACUAGCAAGCAACAACCGUCAAGCAAGGGUCUUCGUUGUGCAUUUCGGUGGAUCGUCGCUCAUGAAGGUGCAGCUUGCUUUCAAUAUUACCCCUCAUGUCGAUCAUGGAAAGCUUUUCAUCACGGCAAUGACAAGAGAACAUGCUCGAUGGACGGAAUGA